GUGGAAGAGACGCCCCGGCUAUUCGUUGUGACUGGCUUCAUGUCAUGUGCUAUUCAUUGGCCCCAUGUUAUGGGCUAUCGACUGGCCGCUGUGUCAUGUCAUGUGCUAUUGACACCAUAUCGCUGAGGAGUCGGUUGUGUGCAUUGUCUUCAUCCUACCACCACCAUGCCCAACAGUGUGGAGGGGGAAAAAAGAGACUCAUACGAUGAGGAUGUCAACAUCGUCGCCACAGAAGAUAAUCAACACAUCCUGCACUCCGAGAUACGCCAGGCUGCUGAAAGGAGGCUUGUGCGGAAACUCGAUUUCCGCUUGCUGCCAACAAUCGUAAUUAUAUUCAUCAUGAACUACAUCGAUCGUGUCGCGAUAACAUCUGCUAGACUGAAAGGUCUAGAGACGGACCUCGGAUUGACUGACAUCCAGUACGACACAGUCGUCGCGAUCUUAUAUGCCUCUUAUUGUCCAGCACAGAUCCCGUCCAACAUGCUUCUCAAUUAUGUAACCAGACCGUCCUUCUACAUUGGUACUUGCGUAGUGCUAUGGGGACUAACAAGUGCUCUGACUGGGGUGACACACAACUUCGCCAGCAUCAUCGCCUGUCGGAUAUGCAUCGGUCUACCGGAGGCGGCUUUUUAUCCGGGUGCCAUGUAUCUACUUUCUCGAUGGUACACUCGAAAGGAAUUGGCAUUUAGGUCUGCUAUCUUGUACUCAGGACUUUUGGUAUCGAAUGCCUUUGGCAGUUUGAUCGCUGCAGGCAUACUUGGCAAUAUGCAAGGCAAAUUAGGCAUUGCGGCAUGGAGAUGGCUCUUUUACAUCGAAGGUGCCAUUACAAUAUUCAUUGGGUUCCAAGCCAUGUGGCUACUCCCUGAUUAUCCGAACAACACUCGGUGGUUGACGCCAGCGGAGCGCCGAUUGGCACAGGUGCGUCUGGCAGAGGAUGCCGGCGAAGCCGAUCAAGACUCUGCAGAAGCUUCGGUAUUCGAAGGAUUCAUGAUGGCCAUCAAAGAUCCCAAGGUUCCAAUUUUCAUGCUUAUGUGCUGUGCACAGUUGCUGGGUUUGAGCUUCGUCAACUUCUUCCCAACCCUUACGGGCACCCUCGGAUAUUCGACGACUGCGACUCUUCUAAUGUCUGCUCCUCCGUGGAUCUUUGCCGCUAUCUGCACCCUCGUCGGAGCUUGGCAUGCUGAUAGGACAGGGGAGCGCUUUUUCCAUCAAACGGGUUGGUGGUGGGUGGUUAUGGUUGGCUAUAUCAUUUCUCUGUCGACUAUGGCAACUGCCGGGAGGUAUUUCUCUAUGUUUCUGAUGACCACCGGGUACUGCGGAUUUACUCUAACAUUGGUCUGGGUGGCCAAUGCAAUUCCACGACCACCUGCAAAACGGUCAGUUGCAAUGGGUCUGGUCAACGGUUUUGGUAACUUGGGAAACUUAAUGGGAUCGUAUAUCUGGAAGGCAAACUGGAGUCCAAAAUACCAUCAAUCUAUGAUUAUUGCGUUGUGCUCCCUUGCGCUGGCAAGUCUUCUUAGUUUUGUGAUCCGUUUCAUGUUAGUCCGCGAAAACAAACGGAUGGAACGAGAGGAGAUGGAUCUGAUGCACGGUCCUGAACGUCAACGAAUUGAAGAAGCUGCUAAACUGGAAGGAGUUACAUUUGAAGAGGCAAUCGAGCGUCGGAAAGGCUUCCGCUAUCUGUACUAGUAAGAUUUCAUAGUAUGUAGUCGUACUUAGUUCUAAGUACUGCGAUGAGAUAUUUUGAACUCCGAUGACAGCAGUUUCGGUUCCAUAAAUGUUCAACGUUUCAG